UUUUGACCUGUAUCUUGUGAUGUCACAUCCUGUUUCACAGGAAAUGAAGAAGUGUUUUGAUGAUAAAGACAUCUCAAUGCUGCAGGAAGCUGUCAGCAAGAUGGACCCCAUGGAGGCAAAGGGCCACAUGAAGAGGUGUAUUGACUCAGGACUCUGGGUUCCCAAUACCGACAACGAAGAGGACAAAGAAGAAGACGAGGAAGAGGACAAAGAAGAUGAGGAAGAACCAGAGAAGGAGGGAGAGGCGGAGGAGGAGAAAUGACUCUGUCAUGAAUUGAACCCUUCCGUUAGACUUUUGACCUUCUCAGACCUAGUUACACCCUUUACUAGCGUUAGCUUGCCUUAUUGAAAACAUGCUGUGAAGAUGCUAACUUCCCUAGCGUUAAUUGAGCUAGUAUCGCUAGCAUUAGCCUGACCCAUUGAAAACCUGCACCGGGCCAGUAUUUACAAAGAGUCUCAGAGUAGGACUGCUGAUCUUGGAUCUGAUCUGAACAACAUCACAUGUACAAGGGGACCUGAUCCUAGAUCAGCACUCCUAUUCUGAGAUGAUUUAUGAAUUUGUGCCUGGGGUGAAGUUUCCCCUACGUACAGGUCUAGGAUCAGAUUUCCCUCCCCUAAUCCUGACGUUAACAUUUUGGGGAAAAAUGCUAAACUUCAACCUGCUCCCGUUUCUACCCAUAGUCCCUUUCUCCAUGACCCCAUCUUUAAAUUAACCCCCCCAACUCCACCUCAGUUCUUAUCCCUGUUGUCGCUUCUACCCAUAGUCCCUUUCUCCACGACCCCAUCUUUAUAUUAACCCCCUCCACCUCCACCUCACUUCUUAUCCCUGUCGUUGCUUCUAACCAUAGUCCCAUCUUUAUAUUAGCCUCCCACCUCAUUUCCGGUUUAAUAGCACAUGAUCUGUUUGAUUGUGUUUUAUAGGUGUAGUUCCACCCUCCACUCCCUCCCCUUCUAGUCACCUAGAACCGGCUUUUGAACUGUUACCUAGAACUUAGAACCGCUACCCAACAGAAACUCAUUCAAAACUGCUCAACCUCGGGUUUUAAACCCUCCAACCAAUCUYMCCUCUGAACCAAACUAUCUCUCUCUCUCUCAGGCCUCUCUCUGUCUCUCYGCAUGGGUCAAACCGGUUCAAACCACUUUAAACCAGAUGAAACAGGUUAAAACCAGUGCAWUUCUGAUCGGAGCUCCUCGCUGCAGCUGGGACAGAGCGGGUGUGGUCUGUCAGUUGACUCCACCCCUUUUCGUUAUUACAGUUGUGUGUCUCUUGCUUAGUAAAGUUGGGCUGCAAAAACAA